AUGGAAGAAUCUCAGAAAAAUCCUCCACCAAUGCCACCACUUUCCACCACAUCGCCACCGCCAAAAAAGAAGCGAAACCUCCCUGGAAUGCCAGAUCCAGAUGCUGAAGUAAUCGCUUUAUCUCCGAACACUUUAUUAGCGACGAAUCGUUUCGUUUGCGAGAUCUGCAACAAAGGAUUCCAACGGGAGCAGAAUCUGCAACUUCACCGGCGAGGCCAUAACAUGCCGUGGAAGCUCCAGCAGCGAGGAAGCAACGAAAAUCGCAAGAAAGUGUAUGUUUGUCCGGAACCUUCCUGUGUUCAUCACAAUCCGUCAAGAGCGUUAGGUGACCUCACCGGCGUGAAAAAGCACUUUAGUAGAAAGCACGGUGAGAAGAAGUGGAAAUGUGAACGUUGUUCGAAAAAUUACGCUGUGAAGUGUGAUUGGAAAGCGCAUAUGAAGAGUUGUGGAAGUAGAGAGUAUAAAUGUGAUUGCGGCACUUUGUUCUCUAGGAGAGAUAGUUUCAUUACGCACAGAGCGUUCUGUGAUGUAGUGGCGGAUGGGAGUGGCAAAGGAGGUAAUAAUGUUGUUGAUGUGGUGGUUUCUUCUCCGGCAACGGCUCCGGUGACUCCGUCUAUGAUAUCUGCAGUGGUUUCUUCUCCGGCGACGGCUCCGGUGACUCCGUCUACGAUAUCUGCGGUGUCUCCUACUAUGUCGUCUAUUCAGAGCUCAGAUAUUGCAGAAAACACAACAAGGCUGUCACCACCACCAUCUUCAAAUACUAUCACUUCGACUUCCACUUCUACAAGCUGUUAUUCUUCAUUCAGCACUCUCAUGUCAAGUUUGACUCACUCAGAUUGCCCCACACCUUUCUCUGUCACUGAACCCACAACCCUCUCACUUUUCACACCACUCUAUCUCUCCAACAGCAGCAACAACCGUGAUUACCCUGUUUCUCACUAUACCACUGUAUCUCCACAACCUGCAUUAUCUGCCACUGCAUUACUCCAUAAAGCUGCUCAAGUGGGUUCAUCUUCGUCUAAUGCAUCCUUGCUUCGUGCUUUAGGCUUGAAAGAAAACACUGUCAGUAUUAAUCGUACCACCACAACAGUACAAUGGAUGAAUGGGCAUGAUCAUGUAAAGCAAGAGAAUGAGCCUGUUGCAGAUUACCUUGGGCUUGGACUUCCAUGUGGGAAUGAAAUGAUAGGCUCAACGGGACAGCCCAUGACCCGUGAUCUUCUUGGUUUAAGCAUGGGACUAGGUAGAGGAGAUGAUCUUUCUGCCUUGCUCACAUCUUUUGGAGGGAACUUUGAUUCAUCCACAAAGAGAUGA